AUGAAAGAAAAGAGGAACAGAGAGGAAAAGAGUAAAAGAGAGGAAAAGAGGAAGAGAGAGGAAAAGAGGAAGAGAGAGGAAGAGAGGAAGAGAAGAAGAGAGGGGAAGAGAGGAAGAGAGAGGAAGAGAGGAAGAGAGGAAGAGAGAGGAAGAGAGGAAGAGAGGAAGAGAGGAAGAGAGGAAGAGAGGAAGAGAGGAAGAGAGGAAGAGAGGAAGAGAGGAAGAGAGGAAGAGAGGAAGAGAGAGGAGAGAGGAGAGAGGAAGAGAGAGGAGAGAGGAGAGAGGAAGAGAGAGGAAGAGAGGAAGAGAGAGGAAGAGAGAGGAAGAGAGAGGAAAAGAGGAAGAGAGAGGAAGAGAGGAAGAGAAGAAGAGAGGGGAAGAGAGGAAGAGAGAGGAAGAGAAGAAGAGAGGAAGAGAGAGGAGAGAGAGGAAGAGAGGAAGAGAGGAAGAGAGGAAGAGAGGAAGAGAGGAAGAGAGGAAGAGAGGAAGAGAGGAAGAGAGGAAGAGAGGAGAAGAGAGGAAGAGAGGAAGAGAGGAAGAGAGGAAGAGAGGAAGAGAGAGGAAGAGAGGAAGAGAGAGGAAGAGAGGAAGAGAGAGGAAGAGAGGAAGAGAGGAAGAGAGAGGAAGAGAGAGGAAGAGAGAGGAAGAGAGGAAGAGAGGAAGAGAGGAAGAGAGGAAGAGAGGAAGAGAGGAAGAGAGGAAGAGAGGAAGAGAGGAAGAGAGGAAGAGAGGAAGAGAGGAAGAGAGGAAGAGAGGAAGAGAGGAAGAGAGGAAGAGAGGAAAAGAGGAAGAGAGGAAGAGAGAGGAAAAGAGGAAGAGAGGAAGAGAGAGGAAAAGAGGAAGAGAGGAAGAGAGAGGAAAAGAGGAAGAGAGGAAGAGAGAGGAAAAGAGGAAGAGAGGAAGAGAGAGGAAAAGAGGAAGAGAGAGGAAGAGAGGAAGGAGGAAGAGAGAGGAAGAGAGAGGAAGAGAGAGGAAGAGAGGAAGAGAGAGGAAGAGAGGAAGAGAGAGGAAGAGAGAGGAAAAGAGGAAGAGAGGAAGAGAGAGGAAAAGAGGAAGAGAGGAAGAGAGAGGAAAAGAGGAAGAGAGAGGAAGAGAGGAAGAGAGAGGAAGAGAGAGGAAGAGAGAGGAAGAGAGGAAGAGAGGAAGAGAGAGGAAGAGAGAGGAAAAGAGGAAGAGAGGAAGAGAGAGGAAAAGAGGAAGAGAAGAAGAGAGAGGAAAAGAGGAAGAGAGAGGAAGAGAGAGGAAGAGAGGAAGAGAGAGGAAGAGAGGAAGAGAGAGGAAGAGAGAGGAAGAGAGGAAGAGAGAGGAAGAGAGGAAGAGAGGAAGAGAGAGGAAGAGAGAGGAAAAGAGGAAGAGAGAGGAAGAGAGGAAGAGAAGAAGAGAGGGGAAGAGAGGAAGAGAGAGGAAGAGAGGAAGAGAGGAAGAGAGAGGAAGAGAGGAAGAGAGGAAGAGAGGAAGAGAGGAAGAGAGGAAGAGAGGAAGAGAGGAAGAGAGGAAGAGAGGAAGAGAGGAAGAGAGGAAGAGAGGAAGAGAGGAAGAGAGGAAGAGAGGAAGAGAGGAAGAGAGGAGAGGAAGAGAGGAAGAGAGGAAGAGAGAGAAGAGAGGAAGAGAGGAAGAAGCAUAGUAGCUGCUGCCAACAAGAACAAGAACCGUUACACAGUAAACGGUGGCCAGAAGGGCAUUUCAUGUUUGCUUAUUUAUCUGCCUCGGUAUGCAGCGACAUCAGGUCUACCCGCACUACGGCUGCAUGCAGGAGUUUAG